UUGCCAUGAUGCUCUGUACCUUUGAAUGCAAUAGUGUAAGUAUAGGCCCCAAGAAAUAAUGCCCAUCGUUGAAGUCGUGCAGCAGCCAUACCUGGAACACCUUUACAUGGAUUAAAGAUGGAUAAUAAUGGUCGAUGAUCAGUCAGCAAGAGUGACGGAAGCACCCUCUUCAGCAAAUCCAAGAUUUAUUAAUGACUAAAAUCUUUUUGUCAGGGGCCCGCUGCUACUAGUGAAGCGACGCCCAGUCCCAUGAAACGGCGAUAUAACGUGUUAUGGAGGCGUCAUCGAGUCAGGUGAAUGAAUUCUCCGGGUGGAAGAGGCAGAAAGAAGAAAGGUUCAGGCGGCCCCAGCGCACCGCUAGAAGGCGCCGGCUCCGAUCAGGUGUCCCUGCAUAGGAGGAAUCUGUACUACUUCUCGUACCCGCUUCUGGCGGCGUUUUCCGUGCUGCGCCUCCUGGCCCUCUACAUGGGGCUGUUAUUCGCCUGGGUGUGCGAGCGCCUGUCCCGAGUCAUGGCGACCAGGGCCAAGCUGCCUGAGCAACACGCCGGCAAGGAAACGGAGGACUGCGGCGAGCAGAUCCGCAACCACCACAAGCAGGCCUUCGAGUACAUCGCUGUGGCGUUAAGGAUCGACGAAGAUGACAAGGGUCAAAAGGAGCAAGCAGUUCAGUGGUACAAGAAGGGAAUUUUGGAGCUGGAGAAGGGCAUUGCUGUGGAGCUUUCAGGACAAGGAGAGAAGUUUGAGCGAGCGAAACGGCUCCAGGCUAAGAUGACCACAAACCUUGUUAUGGCUAAAGAUCGGCUCCAGCUUCUAGCAAAGGUUCUCUCGAGUUCAGCUCAGACAGACAUCUAUACUGACAGUACAGACCAGUCCCACCAGAAUGGACAUCUGCGUUCAGUCAGUGGAGCGCUUCCCAAAAAGAAGGACCCCUUGACCCAUUCCAGUCACUCCCUGCCGCGACCAAAGCACGCACCAAAGAAUUCCCCGGGGGGUGGCCAUGGGCACCAACGCUCGCCCAGCUACAGCGGGCCCUCCAGCUCCGGCACGCCCAGGUCCCCCCCCCAGCCCUCCAGCAGCCACAGGGUCACCGCGAGAGCUGGGAGUCGGCAGAAUUGUAAACCCACGACCCCUGCGACGACUCCACCCCGAAAGAGGGACCUGAAGAACUUCAAGAACGUGGACAGCAAGCUGGCCAACCUCAUCCUGAAUGAGAUCGUGGACAGCGGGUCCCCUGUCAGCUUCGAGGAUGUCGCUGGGCAGGAUCUUGCCAAGCAGGCGCUCCAGGAGAUCGUCAUCCUUCCUGCCUUACGGCCAGAGUUAUUCACGGGUCUCCGGGCCCCUGCCAGAGGCCUCCUCCUCUUUGGCCCCCCUGGGAACGGGAAGACCAUGCUGGCCAAAGCUGUAGCUAUGGAGUCCAGUGCAACCUUCUUUAGCAUAAGUGCCGCCAGCCUCACCUCCAAAUACGUGGGAGAAGGAGAGAAGCUUGUCAGGGCCCUGUUUGCUGUGGCCAGGGAGCUGCAGCCUUCCAUCAUUUUCAUAGAUGAAAUCGACAGCCUCCUGUGCGAGAGGCGAGAGGGGGAGCACGAUGCCAGCCGCCGCCUCAAGACAGAGUUCCUAAUCGAAUUCGAUGGGGUGCAGUCGAGCAGUGAAGACAGGGUUCUGGUGAUGGGGGCUACAAACCGGCCUCAGGAGCUGGACGAAGCAGUUCUCAGGAGAUUUGCAAAACGGGUAUAUGUGACUUUGCCAACAGAAGAGACACGAUUGAAACUGAUAAAGAAUCUCUUGGGGAAGCAUAGAAAUCCGCUAACCCAAACGGAGCUGGUUAAACUGGCCAGAAUGACUGAAGGCUAUUCAGGGAGUGACCUGACUUCAUUAGCUAAAGAUGCAGCUCUGGGCCCCAUAAGAGAACUAAGACCAGAACAGGUGAAGAACAUGUCCGCUAAUGAGGUGCGAAAUAUCCGCUUCAGCGAUUUCAUGGAGUCGCUGAAGAAAAUCAAGCGCAGCGUCGGCCCCCAAACCCUGGACCUGUACGUGCGCUGGAACAAGGAGUACGGGGACACCACUGCUGUGUGAAACUGCGCCCCCUUGUGCCCUGCAGCUGUCAAGACAACACUGGGUGGUGGGAAGGGGUGGGUGGAGGAUAGGAGCUGGCAUUGGAAAUUCAGGUUAAGGUCUCCUUGACUGUCCAUUGUAGUAUUUCCCUUCAAAGAAGGGCAAGCUAUGGACAGAGCAUACGGCAGUAACCUUGUGCACAAACAUGCACAUUGCUUACCGUUGGGUAGAUGUGGUGCAGUGUCCUGGAUGUGUACUUGCUGUCAUCACCGACCAGAUGAGCUCUCCCCCAAUCGCUUGAAGUGCUUGUUAGCAUCCUUUCAAGGUCCUUUCAAGUAGCCAGUAGCCACUCCGCUACUUUACAAGUUGCGUGACACUUGUGAUAAUAACCGCGUCCCAUUUAACAGCUUUCGCUUGCGCUCAGUUUCCUGCCCUGGCGCCCUCCUGUGGCUGCGUGACGACUGUGCAGCUGUGGGUUCGCGCAGUAAGCUGUCGGGGGGGUGCUCCACUGGGGGGUUUUUUAUAGCGUCUGAGCCCAUGGCCUCGCUAGGAGUCGUGGGCAGCUACCCACGGCUCAGAUCGCCGUCUCGUUUCGCUUUAGGACGCCGCAUGCGAGGGCCACCGGUGCCUCUGUUUCCCAAGGCUAGGUGCUCAUUCGUGUAACCGGAGCUUGAUGUGAUGAGCUUCAGCGUCUGCUAGACAGUAGUAAGAUCCGUGCCUUACAUGUGGGGUGGGGUGGGGUGGG